AUGGUCCACCUCCAGAGUAUUUCCAAAGACCCUCACGGAAGCGCAGAAUUUGACCAUCCAAUCCGUCGUACCUCUAUUGUGCCUGGGCUAGAACACAUCUCAUUGGAGCCCCCUGGAGAGGAUGAAUUCUCCACCUCGGUUUAUGGCUCUCGCUUUGCCGCACAAGAUCUUCCAUCAAAGGAAAUGCCCGAAAGAGAAAUGCCCAAGGAGAUUGCUUACCGCAUGAUCAAAGAUGAGCUCAGUUUAGAUGGAAACCCCAUGCUCAACCUAGCAAGUUUCGUGACAACAUUCAUGGAAGACGAAGCUGAGAAACUCAUGGCCGAUGCCUUCUCGAAGAAUUUCAUCGAUUAUGAAGAGUAUCCUCAAUCUGCCGAAAUCCAGAACCGCUGUGUCAACAUGAUUGCCCGUUUGUUCAAUGCACCAGACGGAAAAGAUGGAGACAACGCUAUGGGCACAUCCACAAUUGGAUCCAGUGAAGCCAUCAUGCUCGCUGUUCUGGCAAUGAAGAAGAGAUGGGCCAACAAGCGUAAGGCUGAAGGCAAAGACUUUUCCAGACCCAACAUUGUCAUGAACAGCGCAGUGCAGGUUUGCUGGGAGAAGGCGGCUCGUUACUUCGACGUUGAGGAGAAGUACGUCUACUGCACACAAGACCGCUAUGUCAUUGAUCCAGAAGAGGCUGUCAACUUGGUCGAUGAGAACACCAUCGGCAUCUGCACCAUUCUGGGUCUGACAUACACGGGCGAAUAUGAAGACACGGCCAUGAUCAACGACCUGUUGAUUGAGAAGAACAUCGAUUGCCCUAUCCACGUCGACGCUGCCUCGGGUGGCUUUGUGGCACCCUUUGUCGAUCCCAGCCUCAAGUGGGAUUUCAGGCUCGAGAAGGUUGUCAGCAUCAACGUUUCAGGCCAUAAAUAUGGCUUGGUAUAUCCCGGCGUUGGUUGGGUGGUAUGGCGAUCUCCAGAAUUCCUCCCCAAAGAACUGGUCUUCAAUAUCAACUACCUGGGUGCUGAUCAGGCCUCUUUUACCCUGAAUUUCAGCAAGGGCGCUAGUCACGUCAUCGGUCAGUAUUAUCAAAUGAUCCGUCUCGGUAAACGGGGUUACCGAAGUAUCAUGCUUAACCUUACCCGGACAUCGGAUUAUCUGGCAGCACAACUGCGCGCCCUGGGCUUCAUCAUCAUGUCUCCAGGUGGUGGUCGCUCCCUACCAGUGGUCGCCUUCCGCCUUGAUCCAGACGAUGAACAUCUCUAUGAUGAAUUUGCUAUUGCCCAUCAACUUCGAGAACGCGGAUGGGUUGUUCCAGCUUACACCAUGGCUCCUCACAGUGAAUCCUUGAAACUAAUGCGUGUCGUCGUUCGUGAGGACUUCAGCAAACAACGUUGCGACAGCCUGGUCACGGAUAUCAAAAUGGCUCUGCAGACUCUGGGUGAAAUGGACCGCAAGACGAUGGAACGCUAUCAAGAGUAA